UGCCCUGACCGUCCACCACCGUGUAUAACGACGAGUUUGCAUCGAGGAUGUCCGUGGCUUCGCUAAUGAGGCUCCGCGCGGCCUCGCUUCGAGCUCUAGCAGCGGACUCGGACACCUCCGAGUCAGCAGUGAUAGCGAGAGUGGCCAGAAGGCUCUUCGGCUCAUGGAGGCGAGGCAAAGCUUCCAAUGGAGGGGCCGAUGGCAAAACUUCCAAUGGAGGAGCCACCAACGAAGACUCCAAUCCAAGUCCCGGUGGAGCAACGCAGUACAAGCGUGGCAAAUGCGGUCACAAGCUCAAAGGUGGAGCCUUUCUUUGCUACCAUGCUUGUCACUGUGUCAUGGGCAUGCCCAAGGGCGCUCAUGGCAGCUCGACCGUGGUAAUGGGAAGGCCGGUUGGUUCCACGGCCAAUGGUAGUGUUAAUGGUAACGGUGGUAAGCUAGAGGCGACCAAGGUGGUGUCCGGGGAGGUUACGGUUGAGGAGAACGGUUCUGACGGGAUGGUUGCUUCCCUGGAUGCAGGAUCUCGAGAUAAAAACUCCAAGACCCGAGAUGCCCGAGAUGUCCGAGGUGACGAACUCGGCUCUAGUGGCGAGUUUCUCCGAGGUGUAGUGAGCGGUGAGCUGCUUAGCAAUGGGAUCCCGGGCCAAGGCGAGAAUGGUCUUGUAGGAUUCAAGCCGGGGUCGGACUUGCAAGAGAUAUGGCCGGUGGAGCUCGUGAUGCCAGGCUUGGUCAUUCAUCUGGUGCGUGUUCCAGACGAGGCACCCGGCUCGUCUUCGUCUUGGUUUGCGCGGAGGAGGAAGAAACAGCACCGAGCGAUCCUGAGAGACCGAGAUGAUUUCCGGGACCUCGUGGUGUCUCCCUCGAUGUUCCUGGAUCAUAUGCCAUGGAGGUGCCAGCGCGGGUUGAACGACGUUCUCAAGCAAGUUUGCACUCGACCACUUCACGCGGACGCGGAAUCACAAGACAUCGAAGUCGAUGGUUUCUGAAAAAACUUUCAGUUGAAAAGUGUGGAAAUGACAAGCUCUUGCAUGAA